GUCGCUAGCAUGUCCAACUGAAGUUGGACUUCUAUUCAUUCAAGCCCACAAACAACACCAACGGUUAAAACCCUUUCCUUCGCAGUUCGUGCAACCGUUACCUUCUUCAUAAACCCUAAACAUCUCAGAACACACACCAAUUUCUCCCUCAUUUUGAUUCCACAGUUUAUGCUUUGCAAGUUAUUCCUAUUCCUGAGUUGUGUUUCAAGAUGUCCUCGAGUAAUCUUCCAUCUGAAUCGCCUCGAAACCCUAGAGUGGCGUGGGAAGGCUGCAGCGUUUUACUCGACAUCAAUGAUGGCGACCGCCUGGUUUUUGCUCGACUCUCGCCUGCCUCUACGCUGAAAAUCGGGAAUAAAAGUUACUCUCUGAAGCCAUUGAUCGGUCGUCCUUUCGGUUCGUUGUUUCAAAUUGAAAGUGGAGACAAUGGUCAAAAUUUGGCUUGUAUUACGCCCUCCAGAGAAGAAGAAAUGGAGGAGAUGAAGGAAGAACAGGUGGUCAAAGAUGAGCUGAGAGAUAACAGAGCGCUUGUAGACAAUAAUAAGGCACAAAGCCUCUCUAGUGAAGAUAUAGAUGCACUGCGAAGUCAGGGUGCAACUGGUGAUGAAAUUGUGGAAGCUCUCAUUGCCAACAGUGCAACAUUUGAAAAGAAAACAGUUUUCUCUCAGGAGAAAUAUAGGCUCAAAAAACAGAAGAAAUAUGCUCCUAGGGUACUUUUGAGGAGACCUUUUACUCGAAGUAUAUGUGAGGCAUACUUCAAGAAAUUUCCAGCUAGAAUCGGAUUCUUGAGAGUGGAUGCUCUGUCUCUUCUUCUUUCUUUUGCCAACGUGACUUCAAAUUCUGAUGUUCUUGUGUUUGAUAUGGUUGGUGGUCUUAUCACUGGAGCUGUGGCUGAGCGCUUAGGAGGCAAGGGUUCUGUAUGCAAUACAUACCUUGGAAGUAAUCCAAAUCCUAUGGAAAUAGUAAGAAUGUUCAACUUUGAUGAUGAAAUUUGCGCAAGGAUAAUGCGUUCACCUCUUACCGAUCUUGCCUCAUCCCAAGUUUCUAAUGGUGAACAUGAAGUCAAUAUUAAAGCACAGGAUGAGGCAUCUGAACCUGUUAAUAUGGAUGAAGGCCCUCUAACAUCUACAGACCAGUCUUCAGAUCUCAACUCAGAGUGUAUAGUUUCUCCAUUAACUAAAGUAUUAAAAUGCGCAAAAGCUGGAGAUAAGGCACCGCCAGAAGUUGUUAAAUCAUGGAAAGAAAAUGGUUUUACAAGCCUAAUAAUUGCUGCUCCACAGUCGGAUGCAUGGGGCCUUGUUAAAGAUCUGUUGCCUCUUGUAGCAAAUUCUGCCCCAUUUGCUAUCUAUCACCAGUAUCUUCAGCCUCUUGCAACUUGCAUGCAUAAACUGCAGCUUGAGAAGAUGGCAAUCAGCUUGCAAAUAUCAGAACCUUGGCUUCGUGAAUACCAGGUUCUUCCUUCGAGAACCCAUCCCUUCAUGCAGAUGAAUGCGUUUGGUGGAUACAUUCUAAGUGGGACGAAGAUAUGUGAUGUAGCCCAUCAGUAAGCAAUUUGAAGGUGCAGAUUCUAAUUUUAAAUCAAAUUUUGCCAUCACCUUCUUUUUCCUUUUAAUUAUUUCACAUAAAAACCAUAUUAUGAUCUUAGACAUGAAUGACAUCUUAUCUACAUUUAGCUUUACAUUUUU